ACUAAACGCUGAGAGAAGGAGACGAAGAGGAGAUCCAGUAGAAAACGCCUGUUUAACGGCUGCAGACAGAAGUCUCCUUGGAUGGCUGUUCUGGAACGUACUUUCAUUGUAUACUUGUGUACAAUGAUAAUAAAGUUGAAUCUAAUCUAAAGUGACGCCGUUAACAGGUCUUUGGUCUUGGCUCCUGUCACAGUGGGACGUGUCCACCGGGGGACUGAGGGAGCAGUGCCAGCUUGUAACAUGGGGUGUAAUAUUCACCGUGCAGGGCCCCUCCUGCCCAGAGGGGGGCUGCUGGUCCUGCUUUCACUCAGCUGCAUGGUGUCCUCUUCUCUGGCAGACAGCUUGCCACGUUUCAUCAACUCUCCCAAGGAUCAGACGGGCGUCUCGGGUGGAACUGCUUCAUUUGUGUGCCAGGCCACCGGAGAGCCAAUGCCCAGGAUCAGCUGGAUGAAGAAAGGCAAGAAGAUCAGCUCCCAGCGAUUUGAGGUGACUGAAUUUGAAGAUGGGUCGGGCUCCGUACUGCGGAUCCAGCCACUGCGUGAAUCCAGAGAUGAAGCCUUUUACGAGUGCACGGCCAGUAACAGUGUUGGAGAGGUCCGCACCAGUGCCAGACUCAGAGUGCUUCAGGAGAACAACAUCCCUCUUGGUUUUCCUUCCAUUGAUGUGGGCCCCCAGCUUAAAGUGGUUGAAAAGAACAGAACAGCCACAAUGCUGUGUACUGCCAGUGGAGACCCGCAGCCAGAGAUCUCGUGGUUCAAGGACAUGCUUCCUGUGAAUAUCAGCAGCAGCAACGGGCGCAUCAAACAGCUUCGCUCAGGUCCACUUUAAUUUGAUCUGAUUUAAUAUGUUGAAGGUUUUAUGGCAUAUUGAUAAUAUUUCAUUCAACCAACAAAAGUCAUUUUGCACACGAGGAUAUUCUGAUUCUUUGUUU